AUGAAAACUAUGAAAGAAAUGAAAACGAGAAGAAGAGCAAAAAAUCAAAAAGGCACUAAAAAGCGAAUGGCUAAAAUAAGUGACAUCAUCGAUGAACUGGUUGAUACGAAACUUUCUCCCGCAAGGCUUUCGGAAUUGUGUUUUCAAUUACGAGAGAAUGUCGAUGAUGUAUAUGCAACAACGAUGGCCGAUGAGAUCAAACUCAUCGAAUCUUUAUCAUAUCUUUCCCUAUCUCCAGGAACAGAAAUACAGAUAAAUAAUGACGUUAUAAAAACUAUAGACAAACGCUUUCAGUCGGGCAGAAAUCACUAUGGUGACAUAGUGCGAGGCCUUAUUUCUUCAUUGCAACCGCUUCUUUUGAAAGGCAAAAGUAAUUCAGAGCUCAAGGGGCAACAAAAUCUCGUUCUCAAACCCGCACUUGGAAUGUCACUGAAGGAAGACAACCUCAGGGAAGUGUGGAUUGGUCAAGGUGGCUUAAAGAGUAUUCCGUUAUUUUACGUAGUCCUGCUACAUUUGAAAAGGAAAGACGUAUCGACGAACCUUUCUUGGAUUGUUCCAGGAAUUUUAAACAUACUAGAUGAUACCACUGACUUGAGAAGAAUAAAACUUCGUGGUGUUCUACUGCUGCAAACUCUUCUAGACCAUACAUUUGUGUGCGAGAUUGAUGACUCUAAAUGGAUACAGUUUUCUAGCAUUGGUUUAUUUCCACUGCUCGAAAAAAUAUUGGUCAAUAUGUGCUAUUUUCUGCCACCGUCAUACAAUGCCAAUGAUACAUUGGCGAUAUGGCGAGUAGUUUUUCCGACAAUACAUUCGCUGUAUAGAGUAGAAUUUGUCAACGAUAAUACUAAAUACCAAUAUCACCUAGAAAAAUUUAUGUCAGAGAUUCUUUUGCAAAACAUAAUCCCCAGAGCUAGUCUUACUUACGAUAAUUUGACGACAUAUGCGUUGGAAACUGCAACAAACAUACUCAAACUUCAAAAAGGAGGAUCCGUUGUACAUCUUCAGAGGCUAGUUUAUGUUUUAGGUGAGUAUAUAGUGAGAAAUCCCUUUUUUACAAUUUUUCCAGAGCUAGUUUCAAAGGCCCUCUUAGUGAUAGACACCCUAAUAGAAGUCUGUCCGAAUGAAAGAAUAGUGGCCCACAAAUUCGACAUUUUGUCAUUGAUCUUAAUUACGUUCGACAAGUGUCUGCAAGAGGAUGCGUUGAACGAACCAACAUUACUGCAAUGCAAAAGAACGAUGAAAAGUUUACUGCAUUGCAACUGCAGCAUGGAAGGUGAGUUGUCGACUUUAUCCGAGCAACCGCGUUUUCGGUUACUCUUCGACUUUUCAUAG